UAUAAGAAGAAGUCUUGACCGUGACUUUGAGACAAAUUCGCGAAUUGUGAGGAGUGGUGAGGGGUAGAUAGUAAAAAUGGGAGCAAUUUUCAAAUGUUUUGUGCUGUUUUUUAUCCUCGCAUGCAGUAAAAAUGCAGUUCGUUCAAGUACGAUUAAACCACGACAAAACGUCCAACAAUUCCAAAUAGCGGUAGUCUUGCCCCCGGGGCACAACCUCACCCAGGGCCCAGCGCCCGGACCUGCCAACCCCGGCUUCGUCUGGGUGCAAGUCCCGGUCACCCCCCCGAACCAACCGGCCAUAGUUCAACCCCAACCGCCAAACAAUCAAGACGAUUUAUUAAAAAAAUGCACGCAACCCCGCGGCCAAUUCCCGAGCAAUUUCUGCAACAAGUACGUGAAUUGCUGGGACGGGGUCGCAGUCGAGCAGUUCUGUCCCGAGGGACUCCUUUUUAGUCCCAGAGGAUAUUGCGAUUAUCCAGAAAACGUUAACUGUGGAGGCAGGCCGAUUGAAGAACUUGUAGGAAUGCCUCCUUCAAGUGCAAGUCCGGGUCAAGCCACAACUGUAGCUCCACCAACAUUAAUUGUGACUCUACCUACAAUUGAUCCUAAUUUACGGAAAAAAUGUUUGAAACCAAGGGGACAGUUCCGGAGCGACGCUUGUAACAAAUUUGUUAAUUGUUGGGACGACGUUGUCAUUGAACAAGAGUGCCCCAAAGGACUGCUUUUUUCGAGUAACGGAUACUGCGAUUAUCCGAAUAACGUCAACUGUGGGGGCACCACGAAUUCAGAAAUUCGAAACGAUUUAAACAGUGAAUGCCCCCUCGAUUUUGGGACUUUCAGAGACAGGCACAAUUGCGACAAUUAUUUUACUUGCAUAGGGGGGAAAAUUGUAGCUAAUUACACCUGUCCCAGCGGCUUUAAAUUUAAUGAUAACAUAGGGGUGUGCGACUACGAGGAGCGAGUGGACUGUUCAAAAGAACCGCUGAUUUUCAGCCCCAAAGCUAACUUUUUGUCAAAUGUUCCCAAAGAUUUUAUGAAUCAAAUUGAUAAUUGUAAACCCGGGUCGGUGUUUGCGCUCAACCCACAAUGCACUGCCGCUUGCUUGUGUCACGAAGGCCUAUCUGAAGUGGUUCAAUGUCCAGCGGGUCUCGCCUACGACUCCAAGACUGAUAAGUGUUUGCUUCCACAUUUAGCCAAAUGCUAAGUUAUUUAUUUUCCGUGGUUGUGGGUCGAACGACGGGAUAAUGGGACUCUUUGGGGUAUUUUUAAAUAAAUAAAAACAAAAACGAGA